UACUUCAAGUCUCAUUGUUAAAACGAGCUUUGAGCUGUGCAAACAUGUUACGCAGUCAAGUAAAAUUCUCGCUAGCAAUUUUCCUAGUUUCAUUCGCAUUUCUCUGCCAUCAGCAGAUAACAGUGCAGGCAGCACCAGGUUGUGACGGCGAUUGCUUAGAAGACAAAUUAGAUGAAAUAUUGUCAAAACUAAAAACGUUAAAUGGCAAAGUGGAAUCACUUGCAACGCAUCCGGAAAUUGAACCAGCCGCAGGUUGUACACAUCAUCCGCAUGCACAUCGCAGGCAGCAUGUAACAGAAGAUCAACAGGAAGUCGAGUCGCAUCACCAGCGUCGCCAUCACGCACAAAACUUGCACUCAAGACACGCCACUGCCUCGGUUGGCAGCGGGAGCAACCACAAAUGUGCCGAACGUUUAGCCACGAUUUGUCAAAAUGCCGGUGUUAGUGAGAUACAGUUGGAUGAUGACAAAGUGUCACCCUUCAAAGUGCUUUGCGAUGCCGAACGUUGGAUUGUUGUUUUGCAGCGCUUAGAUGGCUCGGUCGCCUUUCACAAUCGCACCUGGGCAACGUACAAGCAAGGUUUCGGCAAUGUAGGCGUAAACAGCGAAUUCUUUUUGGGUUUGCAACAUUUGCAUGAACUGACCUAUAGCGGUUUCUUCGAACUACGCAUCGAUUUGGUAGAUUUUAAGGUUGUCGAAAAGUAUGCACAUUACAGUGACUUUAGCGUAUUUAAUGAGCAUGCCAAUUAUAAAAUGGGCAUAUUAGGUGUUUAUCAUGGCACAGCCGGUGAUUCGUUUAUGUAUCAUGAAGGUCAGCAGUUUAGCGCGAUCGAUCGCGAUAAUGACGCCAAAGCGCAAGGUAGCUGCAGUGAGGAGUACAAUAGCGCUGGCUGGUUUAAGAAUUGCAUGGAAGCUAAUCUUUUCGGCAACUAUUUGCAUGGCGAUACGGAUAAAUUCAAGGAGGGCGUGUACUGGAAAACUUUCAAUGGUCCAGAAUACUCACUGAAAACAGUUAAAAUGUCUGUUCGUGCUAAAUGUUAAAUUGAAAUUUUCAGAAUUUUUUCUUUUUGAAAGAAACUACAAACAAAUAUAUAUAUAACUUAAAGCAACUAA